AUGUUCUUGUUUGAUUGGUUCUAUGGAAUCUUAGCCUCGUUAGGGUUAUGGCAGAAGGAAGCGAAGAUCCUGUUCCUAGGACUCGACAAUGCCGGAAAAACCACGCUACUUCACAUGCUCAAAGACGAGAGAUUGGUUCAGCACCAGCCGACACAACAUCCAACGUCUGAGGAACUUAGCAUUGGCAAAAUCAAAUUCAAAGCUUUUGACUUGGGAGGCCAUCAGAUUGCUCGAAGAGUUUGGAAAGAUUACUAUGCCAAGGUUGAUGCGGUUGUCUACCUUGUGGAUGCUUACGAUAAGGAGAGAUUUACAGAGUCAAAAAGAGAGCUAGACGCUCUUCUCUCGGAUGAAGCUCUUGCAACUGUCCCGUUUCUGAUUCUUGGAAACAAGAUUGAUAUCCCUUAUGCAGCAUCAGAAGACGAGCUUAGGUAUCACUUGGGUCUCACCAACUUCACCACCGGUAAGGGAAAAGUGACGCUUGGAGACUCUGCUGUUCGCCCACUCGAGGUCUUCAUGUGCAGCAUUGUCCGUAAAAUGGGCUAUGGCGAGGGAUUCAAAUGGCUCUCUCAGUACAUCAACUAA